GAAGAGGAAGAGGGCUUGUGUCACCCCACGUCGCAGCCCCCGCUUUCUGAAGCAUUGUGGUUCACUGGAGGUGCAGCCUAUCACUAAUACCCCGAGCCCGUCCACGAGAACACCGCAAGCAGCCAGGCGCAGACUCAAUCUUCAAGCGACAUCUGAGUUUUAACCCUUUACUGAGUGAGCCCAAAACCGAACCCCCUCGCCGCGAACGCCAGUCACCGGCGAGUGACGCACUUGAGAAGCGCCUGACGGCGAUGGAGAAGAAGAUUGAGAAGGCAGUUGAGUUUGGGAAGGAGAAUAAAAUUCUUCUUCUGGAGCUUCUUGAAUUGAAGAAGCCGAAAUGGCAGUCAACAGUAGCGCCAGAAAUAGCGCCAGCCUCGACCGAUGAAGAAUUGAGCCUUCUUCUCUCCAAUGAAUUCAUUUACGAGAUUCUCUGUAAGUGCGAUGACGCAACGCUCGUGGCCACCUUGCGUACCACGAUGAAGCGCGUGAUGACGCGUUCACUCGCGGUGACGUUCAGCUUCACCGGCAUGGACGGAAAGCGGUUGAAAACGAAAAACUGUUUAAAGGAGCACGCAGUAUAUAAAGUUCUUCGAGGCGCAAUUGAUCGUACGGCCUAUGGACGAUAUCCAAGGCCCGAAAUCGAUAAGGCUUUCAAGACAAUCCUCAAGAACGUUGGAGACUGGGAGAACCACCGGGGACAGCGCCGCAGACCCGCUAAGCCGUUUCAGCAACUGCAGCAGGAAGUGGAUUACGGCUGUUCUUUCGCUGGGGAAGAAUGUGAUCCAUUGAUGAUAGCGCCAGCGGGGCCUUCUCGGCCGAGCUGUACUCCUGUGUCUCCAGAAGUGCGGGCCUCCUUGGAGGCUUCAAACGUAAUUCAUGCGCAGUACGAAUUACUAGCUUUCGAAAAACUUUGAAGCUCAUGUAUGAACGGUCGUUCUAAUUCUUAUAAGAGAUUCACUUUAAAUGAGCCAAAGGAAAUAUAGGCAGCUAUACUAUAUUUAUUAGUUUGAUAAGUAACUCUAAUUUGAUGCGACUGUUUAAUCCAUGUGCUUUUCUUGCUGUUAUUUCGGCAAUCUUUAUACAAUCAAUAAAG